AUGUUCAAAGAUGAGCUGCUUGUCAAUAAUUUUGGCGCAAAUGAUAUUGUGUUGGUCAUCCCUGGAUUUCGGCUAGGUUUCCUUGGCCUGUUGACUUUUGGUUCAGACGAUGUCGUUCCGAGAAAUAUCGGCGCUCAUGAUAUUCUCGCUGCUUUACAAUUUGUCAAGGAUGAGAUCAAAAAUUUUGGAGGAAAUCCCGAUGACAUCACAUUGUUUGGACAUUCCGGUGGUGGCACAACAGCUGCACAAUUUGCGUUGUCGAAGCAGAUUGAUCCUGAUCAAAAAGUCUGUGGUAUGAAUAACUUUUACAGGCUGUUCCAAAAAGCUGUGAUGAUGUCAAUGAGUUUUGGAUUUGCGGAUGCAAGUCAUAUGCAAAAUCUUACGAUGGAGUUGGCAUAUCGAGCAAGGUGUGUUCCAUCUAGAACUGUGGAUUAUAAUUCUGCUGAAUAUGUGGAGGGAGUGGUCCAAUGUCUCAGAAAUUUGGACAGCAUGGAAAUAUUAAGGAUACAAAGACAGAUGGAAGAUGAGGACGAAUGGCAGAAACCUGAGUUUCUAAUUAUGACUGCUCCACCAUUCGAUGCUAAAGAUUUGCAAGAAUUUCUUGCAAAUCCUAAACCACGAACAAUAAUGACCGGAACCACGCUAAGAGAGAUGGAUGAUACUAAUGACCCUGUUGAAUACAAUAUUGUGGAGUUUUUGGGGAUCAAAAAUCGUAAGGAAGUUCUGAAGCGGUUUCACGACGAUAGAGCUUCUAAUAGGCUGCCUUUCAAUCACUCAGCUUCAACUCAAGCAAUGUUUUUGUCAUCAUAUGUGAUUGGACAUAAAAUAAGGGAAGCUGGUGGAAAG